AUGGCCCCGCUGUGGUGGCUGCUGGGCUCGCUGGUGGCCGCGGUGGCGGGGGGGGGGUCGGUGGAGCAGCCCCCGGCCCCCGAGCCCGCCUGCCCCGUGUGCCUGUGGCGGCGGCAGAGCAAAGAGCUGCGCCUGGAGAGCAUCAAGUCGCAGAUCCUGAGCAAGCUGCGGCUGAAGGAAGCGCCCAACAUCACCCGGGAGGUGGUGAAGCAGCUGCUGCCCAAGGCCCCCCCGCUGCAGCAGCUCCUGGACCUCCACGACUUCCAGGGGGACUCGCUGCAGCACGACGAGUACCUGGAGGAGGACGAGUACCACGCCACCACCGAGACCGUCAUCAGCAUGGCCCAGGAAACCGACCCGGUGGUGCAGAUCGAGGGCAACCCGCACUGCUGCUUCUUCAACUUCAGCCCCAAGAUCAUGUUCACCAAGGUGGUGAAGGCGCAGCUGUGGGUGUACCUGCGGCCGGUGCAGCACACCUCCACCGUGUACCUGCAGAUCCUGCGCCUCAAGCCCGUCACGGACGAGGGCAGCCGCCACAUCCGCAUCCGCUCGCUCAAGAUCGAGCUCAACUCGCGCGCCGGCCACUGGCAGAGCAUCGACUUCAAGCACGUCCUGCAGAACUGGUUCAAGCAGCCCCACAACAACUGGGGCAUCGAGAUCAACGCCUUCGACCCCAACGGCAACGACCUGGCCGUCACCUCGCUGGGGCCCGGCGCCGAGGGGCUGCACCCGUUCAUGGAGCUGCGCGUCCUGGAGAACAACAAGCGCUCCCGGCGGAACCUGGGGCUGGACUGCGACGAGCACUCGACGGAGUCGCGCUGCUGCCGCUACCCGCUCACCGUGGACUUCGAGGCGUUCGGCUGGGACUGGAUCAUCGCCCCCAAGCGCUACAAGGCCAACUACUGCUCGGGCCAGUGCGAGUACAUGUUCAUGCAGAAGUACCCGCACACGCACCUGGUGCAGCAGGCCAACCCGCGCGGCUCGGCCGGGCCCUGCUGCACGCCCACCAAGAUGUCCCCCAUCAACAUGCUCUACUUCAACGACAAGCAGCAGAUCAUCUACGGCAAGAUCCCCGGCAUGGUGGUGGAUCGCUGCGGCUGCUCCUAGAGCCGCCCUCGCUGCCGCCCCGCCUGCGGCUGCCCCGGCCCGCCGAGCCCCCGCUGCCCCCGCGGCCUCCUCUGCAUUUUUUCCGCUCUUUCUUUUUUUGCGUUUUUUUUUUGAUUUUUUUUUUCAUUUUGUUGUUGGUUCGGGGCGGGGCGGGAAGCGCAAAGUGACAAAGGCCAAGCGUUGAAAUCGGUUUGGAUGGUGGAGGAGAGAGGAGGAGGAGGAGGAGGAGCAGCGAGCCCGCGAUCCCACGCGCAUUGUGCAAUAAAAGCGACCGGACGGAGAAGGGAACGGGGAGGGGGGAGCGGGGACCCCCAGGCCGCGGUGGCGACACGGGGACACGGCGGGGACACGGCGGGGACACGGCCCCGGGUGGCGGGGACAGAGCAGCACCACGAGGAGGACGAGGAUGAGGAGGAUGAGGAGGAGGAAGAGCAGCGAGCGCACCCCGCGCUCCUGGAGCAGCGCUGGGGACACCGGAGCGGGGGGGGGGCGACCCCGGACCUCGCUGCGGCCGCGGGACCCCCGGCACCGGGAGGAAUCCGCCUCCCUUCUUUAAUUUAUUUAUUUAUUAAUCGCCCUCCCGGCCGGCGCUCGCCCCGCUCCCUCCGCAGGGACCCCCGGGGACCCCCGGGCGCGGAGCGGAGCCUCGGGCCGGCCUUGGCCCGCGGCCCUGGCACCGGCCCCGCUCCGCCGGGGGGCGAGGGCGGCCCGGGGCUCACCCGGAGGCGACACCAGAAUUGCUGGGAGGCUCCGGCUGGGGCCGAAAUUCCGCUUACGCCGCACAUUCGCCUCGCGCUGCCCUCGGAGGGUUUUGGGUUUGUUUCUUUUCUUUUCUUUUCUUUUUUUUGUGUUAUUUUUUUUCCCCCCUGUUGUUUGUGUUUGUUUCACGUGAGAACGAACCCCCCGCGCGUCCCGCGGUUCCCUCCCGGCCCCGGGCGAUGCGGGCGGGAGCGGAGGAGGCUCCGGGAACCGGGAGCGGCCCCCGCGGCCCCCCAGCACUUAACCCGGGAGCGGCCCCGGCCCGGGGGGCUCCGGCCCCGCAGCACUUAGGGGGACACCGGGGCCGCUCGGGAUCUUUAGCACUUGUCGCGACAGCUCCGUGACAGCCCCGCAGCGCGCACGGGGCCCAGGGGACCCCCCGGACACCCCCGGACCCCCAUCCUGGCGCCGCAGCACUUAAGGGGCCCCUCGUGCCAGGCCGGUGGCACCGCCCGAUGGCACCGCCGGGUGUCACCGCCCGGUGUCACCGCCCGGGUGGCACAGCCCGAUGGCACCGCCCUGGUGGCACCGCUCGGUGUCACUGCCCGGUGUCACCGCCCGGUG